AUGUUCCUCACGCCCAGGUGGCACUUGCCGGCCAUCAGCUCCUGCCCCUUCCUCCGGUGCCGCUGCCGGACGAGCAGAGCUUGGUGCAGCCGCCUGUCACCCCCACACACGGAUGAGGUUCCCUCUCUGCCGCCUCGGCUCCCUCAGCCCUUCCUGGAGCCCGGGCUCGUUCCCGCUCCGGGAGUGACGUCACGACACCGCCCCGCGCCCGCGGUGACGUCACUGGCGGCGCGCGCGCUCUUAAAGGGCCCGCUGGAGAUGGCGGCGCUGCCGCGGGUCCUGUCCCGGCUGUGCCCCCGGCGCUGCCCCGCCCUGCCCCGGCCCGCCUGGACACCGGGACACCGGGGACACCACAGCGGCGGCGCGGGGCCGGCGCGGUCGCGCUGGGCACGGCCGGCCGGCGCUGCCCUGGCCUUCCUGGGAGGGUUCUCGCUGUUCCCGCGGGACGCCGAGGAGGACGGCGAGGACGCCAUCGUCCUGCUGCUGAAGAGAGCCAAGCUCAGCGCCAUGAAGGGCGAGCUGGCCGAGGCCGAGCGGCUCCUGCACCAGGCCCUGCGCCGGGCGCACCGCGAGGAGAACAGGCAGGCCAUCAUCUACACCUACAGCAUGAUGGGGAACGUGGCCUACAUGCAGGGACAGCUGGACAAUGCAGAGAAGCUCUACAAAGCAACUAUGAGCUAUAUGCUUGCAGGGGACACAAAGGAGGAUGACAACGCCAUCCUUGAGAUGUCCCUCAAGCUGGCCAGCAUCUACGCUGCUCAGAAACAGCACAAAUUAGCCGUAGCUGGCUACCAGUUCUGCAUCCUGACCUUAGAGGAGAAGAUUGCCAAGCAGAAGGACUUGCCUGAGGAUGUCUUAUCAGCUGAAGAAAAGGCCAACACCCGGCUCCUGCUGGGGAUGAGCCUGGACUCCUACGCCCGCUACCUCCUGAACAUCAACGAGCUCUCAGCAGCACAAGAAAUGUAUGAGAAGGCUCUGCAGAUAUCAAAUGAUGUUCAGGGAGAAACUCAUCCACAGAGUGUGGUGCUGCUGAACGACCUGGCGACGGUGCUGGACGCUCAGGGACGCUACGAGGAGGCGCACGCCUACAGCAGGAGGGCGGCACAGCUGGCAAGGGACACUCAGCACCCCGAGGAGCACAUGGUGCUCAAUAACCUGGCAGCGAUCCUGAUGCACAAAGAAGAUUUCCUGCAAGCAAAACAAGUGUACAAAGAAGCUCUCAAGCAGGCACAGCAGAAGGGAGAUGCUGCUUCUGUCCAGCAUAUCCAGGAGGAACUAGCUGAGCUGGCCAAAAGGAGAAAGGGCUCCAAAUAAAUUUGGCCACAGAGUCCAACCUUGAGGUGGCUGAAGGCAGCAAGGGUUGGUCAGCACAGGCAGUGUGGGAGCAGCUCGGUGCAAUUCUCCAGAGAAACAGCAAUGAGGAGUUUCAGGACUGCUUAAGAGGAAGGGCUGCUACUAACAGCCCAAAAUAAAGGUGUGAAAUCUUAA